GCUGUGUCCAAAAGAGUGUCUCCCGAAGAGAUACUAUCCUAGGAAAGAAUGCACUGUUGGUACCACUGAUUGUUAAACACGUGGUCUAUAGUAACCAAACUUCAAUUUGAAAGAGAUCGCGUAACGAGCAAUGGCUCGACGGUUGUGAAAGUCAUAAUUCAGUAUUAUCAGUGUCAUCUCUUUUGUGCAAGAGUGAGAAACUAAACAAUUGCUUCUUAACUCGAUUAAAAAAGUGAAUCGGUAUAUACAAUAAUGAAGCCCGCACGUUCCAAAACUCCAGCUCGUAAACCAAUCGGUCAGCCGAAGGGAUCGAAUAUGAUGUCUAAAGAUCCUGUGCAGGUUUACUGCCGUCUACGACCCAUGCAGUCUUCAACGGAUGUAUCGUGCAUGAAAGUUACAUCUGAUACAACGGUAGUGAUAACGCCUCCGGAAUCAGCGACCAACUUUCGUGCCGUAACUAAAGAGAUACAAAAGACAUUUAGUCAUGUGUUCACAUCUGAUGUGACGCAAAAGGAGAUAUUUAAAACGGUCGCUCUUCCCCUGGUACAAAAUCUUAUUCAAGGGAAGAAUGGUCUCCUCUUCACGUAUGGUGUGACAGGUAGUGGCAAAACGUACACAAUGACUGGAGAAUCCCAAGAUGUUGGUAUCAUGCCACGGUGCUUGGAUGUUCUUUUUAAUACUAUUGCCAAUUACCAAACGAAAAAGUUUGUCUUUAAGCCAGAUAAAUUGAAUGGUUUUGAUGUACAAGGCGAAGCUGAUGCUAUGCUGGAUAGGCAGCACGAACUUUACCCAGGUCUGUCUGUGCAAAAAAUUGGAAGACUCGGCAAACACCGUAAAGUAGACAGCGAUGGAGAUAGUAAUCCGAUGGUACCUCAUAAUCGUAACGAAUCGCAAAGUGUGGCAGUUGAAUCAGAUAAUGCUUACGCCGUAUUUGUCACAUAUGUUGAAAUAUACAACAACAAUGUAUAUGAUUUGUUAGAUGAAGAUGACAUCAGAACCAAAACUCUACAGAGUAAAAUUGUUAGAGAAGAUGGCAAUAAAAAUAUGUAUGUACAUGCAGUCACAGAAGUUGAAGUAAAAAGUGCAGAGGAAGCUUUUGAGCUGUUCCAACGUGGACAACGGAAAAGACGCGUCGCGCACACGGCAUUAAACGCAGAAUCAAGUAGAUCGCAUAGCGUUUUUACCAUCAGACUUGUACAAGCGCCUUUAGAUUGCGAGGGCGAGCAUGUAAUACAGGAUAAACGAGUCGUGUGCAUAAGUCAACUAUCUCUAGUAGACUUGGCAGGUAGCGAGCGAACAAAUCGCACUAAAAAUACUGGUCAACAUUUACGAGAAGCAGGAAAUAUUAAUAACUCUCUAAUGACUCUGCGAUCGUGUUUGGAAAUUUUGAGAGACAAUCAGAAUCAAGGUACAAAUAAAAUGGUUCCCUAUCGAGAUUCCAAACUUACACAUUUAUUCAAAAACUAUUUUGAUGGGGAAGGACAGGUCAGGAUGAUAGUCUGUGUGAAUCCAAGAGCAGAUGAUUAUGAUGAAACGAUUCAAGUGAUGAAAUUUGCGGAAAUGACUCAAGAUGUGCAAGUUGCAAGGUCUAACCCUGUAAAAUUGGACCUCGGUUUCACUCCAGGCAGAAGACAAGCGAAUAAGAUAUGCAAGGAAGCAAGGAGUAAAUUGGAGAGAGGAGGCCAACCAGAAGCCACUGAUUUGAUCAUUGAUCUAGGCUUAGUAUACAGUUUGGGCGGACCAUUUCCUCAAUUGGAGACUGUUACCUCUGGUAAUGAUUAUAUAAUACAAUCUUUAAUACAAUUCUUAGAAAAACGCAUCAAUAAGCGCAACAUACUUCGCGCGGAUUUGCAAAAGAAACAAGAGGACUUUAGACGGAUAUUAAUGGGAAUAGAGCAAGAAAAUCUAAAAUUACAAAUUGAUGUAGCUUCGUCGAAAGCUGUAAAUACACAGAAACAAAAAACGAUAUCUGCAUUAGAAGGAUACCUUUGCGGAACAAAAGAGCGAAUCUGUAAACUUGAAUCUAAAUUAAACAGUGCCAAUGAAACGGUGCGAAGUUUACAGCAAGAGGUAAAAGAUCGAGACUUGGCAUUAAAUCAACGUUUAAUAGAUAGGCAAAGAGUGAAGCAGAAAUACAAUACAAAGAUACAGGUCGAGACAGAUAAAAUGAACAAAGAAUUGGAAAUAAAACUGCGUCAACAACGUGAACAUUUACAGAAUCAAAUGAAGGAAAAGGAAGACAAGUUACGACUGGUAAAAGAAAUUUUAGUCAACGACAACAUUCAUCCUGCGAUGACAGGACUAAGUUCGAAGGAACAAGUUCCAGAAUUAACAACGAGAGUAGUCAGUCCAGAUAGAAGUGUCAGAAUAUCACGAAAGGAUAAAAUACCAAUUUCAAACCCGAGGUAUAGACGCUCACAAAGUGCAGACAGAUGGAUCGAUCAUAGACCUCAGACUCUCGUGCCGAUCGGGACUGUACUGCAACCACUGAUGCAAAAACGGCGUAGCAUAAAGCAACUUACUUCCCCAAAAGAGAUUACGGAUGGUGCGUCUAGAUAUUGCCUUAUCGCGCAAGAGCAUGAUACAGAUGGAGAACUUGAGACGAAAUUAUACAAGGGUGAUAUAUUGCCAACGAGUGGUGGUGGAGCACAAGUGGUAUUUAACGAUAUGGAGUGUUUAAAACAAUCGUCGCCGAAGGCAAGAAAACGUACUGGACCUCGAGAAGAGGGAAUGGACCAAGUAGAUAGUGUUUCUACAUUGACAGAAACGAAAAGACCACGUAACUGAACUAAUUAGCCUUCGUAACUGAAUGUGUCACUCAAUUUACUCAAGAGUACAAGGAAAAUAAAAUAUCUAACGUA